CGUAGCCACAUACGGUACGCCAACAUAUCAAUGCCCACAAGAAAUAGGAGGCCCAUACUGGAGAGGGCGCUGGCCCUCCUCGCCCUCUCCCUCACCCCCAUGGCCAAAGCCAAGAAGCCCAUCGCCCGCAGGCUCCUCCUCUUCAAUAAGACCAAGCGCUUCAAGCUCUUACGCCACUACAACUACGCGUACAUCGGCGAAUACGAGUUCUCGCCCUCGAACACCCCCUUGUUCCACCACUACCACCGUGAUUCUUCGGCUCUCGUAAAGAAGAAGAAACGAAGACACACCCGAAUACUGUCCCUUCUUUGCGGCGGCGGCGGCGGCGGCAGGGGGGAUACGGCGGCUUCUGCGGAGGCGGAGGCAUUGCAUGAUGACGCCGGAAGGGAUACACUACUGUUCGAUGAAGUGCUGUCGGAGUGGGGAGAGGAGGAUGAUUUUUCGGUCGACGGGCGGGCGGAGAGGUUCAUAGAGAAGUUUUAUGAAGAGAAGAGGAUUGAGAGGCAAGAAUCUUUGCUGCAGUAUAAAGAGAUGCUUCAGAAGAUUUGCUGAUCAUAGUUUUGUGUUCUGCUUUGCAUUGUUAAUUAGCCUAUGCAUGAUGUGUUUUUGUUAUCAUGUUCUUCCAGUUUUAUGCAUAAGAAGAUGCAGUGUUUAAUUC